AUGGCAGACCCAGAGCUCCCUCCCUCUCCACCGGCAGAAAAGACCGUGGACGCUCAGCAUGUGGGGAAUGGUCCGAUAGCCGCGGGGAAACCGGCGACAAGACAACAGUUGACGGCGGCUUUGACAGCAGCCGAUGUGACCAUCAGGAGAUUAGAUCUUCUUCUCUCUACGGCCGACGGACAGGAGAGAGUAUUAGCAACAGUCAAUUAUGUCGCCUCGAUCCUACACCACCUCAGUGCAUCGGCACCCUUCAUAGCUUUCCAGACACGUCUCAGCCUUCUUGCCCGAUUGAAAGGUCGCACCAUAUCCAAAACCCCAUCUUCUCCGACCACCCCAUCGCCCUCAAAAUGGGCCGCCCUCUCCUCUCUUGCCUCAGAGACACGAUACACUAUCCGCCUCUUCGGCCUUCUCCCUCUCUGGAUUUGGGGGUCUGAGACCCUCAAAUCACCACCUGCGGACCCCAUAAUCCGCACUCUCACAUAUCUCCAAAUCAUCUCCAACGUGAUCUACCAGCUCCUCGAGAAUGUCGGCUAUCUAGCAACAAAGGGCAUCAUCUCCAAACGCUUCGUCGAAAAAUACGGCAGCCUCGUACAAUGGGACCUCUGGAGCACCCGCGGCUGGUUCGGACACAUUUUCCUCGAAUUCUUCGUCCUUUGGCGACAACACGUUCUACGGAAACGUCGCGUUGCGGCAAAACGCGCGGCCGCGGGCAACGUCGAAACUAAGGAGAUGAGGGAGGAGGAGGACGCCGAAACCCGCGCCGAGAUUCGCUCUUGGCGCAAGACUCUCGUCAACAAUAUCUGCUGGGCCCCCUUGUGUCUGCACUGGUGCUUUGAGCAAGGAAUCGGUGUUCCGGAUAAUCUGAUCGGUGUGGUUAGCUUUAUGGCUGGUGCUUGGAGCCUGCAUGAUAUGUGGGGUGCUACGAGCAAGGCCAUUCAGGCAUAA